AUGGGUAAAAGUCCAUCAAAGCUGGCUAGAGCGAGGGUCGAAGCUUUCCUUUCUUCCGGUCAUAGCCUCCCCGAGUACAUGUCAGCCGAUGACAUCUAUUCCCAUGAUAUCGACCCAUCCGACCGGCUAUACGAGCCGUUCCAUUCGCCUUGUUCUACAGACAAAGCCUUACCGGAGCUUCCAGUAGAGAUAUGGCAGAGGGUGUUCGUGCAUCUGAGAAGGAAGGUAGGGCCGAUCAAAGCUAAACAAAGAGAAAGAGGAGAUCAUCAUCAGAGGGAUCUGGUGAAUGCGAUGUUGGUGUGUAAGCAAUUCUAUUACCUCGCCGCACCCAUCCUAUACGCCAGAGUGAUCACCGACAAACCCCACUUACUGUUCUACGGAAUCGACACAAAACCCCUCGGUGGACUUCCAGAACAGCAGACUCGCUGGACCAAACUCGACUUACUUCAUUUCGUCCAUCGCUUAGAUCUGAUGUACAAUGCCUUCCCCGUCAACAAACUUGAUCUACGAUUUCCCAUAUCCACAAACGACAAACUCAAGUUCGAACAGAGGAUCUUCAAGUACGAUAUCGACAGUGAAGAGAUAAGAAGAAUGAUCAGCGACACAGACAACUCUCAAUCUGCCGUUCGACUCAUUCAUCCCCUAAGAACAUUGAGAAAAUUAUAUCUCAAAAACAGACAACCCGUUAUAUUUUCCAAUCUCGAUAUACUUACUGUAUCCCAUCCAUCAUUCAAAUAUCGUUAUAUCGACUACACAACCGAGAUCCCAUUUUACGGUAUAAGUAAUCCAAUAGAUAAUGUCAACUGGCCAAGAUACGCCUUGUUCCCCAACAAACUAGAAAGAUAUAGAAAGAAGAUUGAUGAUCGUGGUACUGCCAUAUCAAACUUAUCAUCGGUAACUAAACGACUACAAUUCUCUUAUGAGCUAGCCAGGCUAUGUACACCGAAACACGUCUGUAUGGAUGAUGAUAAAGGACCUUAUUCAUAUAGAAGGGAUGAAGGUAGAUACGAUAAAAUCAAAUUACCCCCUCCGGAAACAGUGUCAUUACAUAUAUAUCCUAGGACAGUUGAGAAGUUCAUCUUACCUCCCGAUAAGGAUAAGCAAAUGUUCAGAUGGAGAGUCCAACCAGUGAUAUUUUACGGAUCGACCUAUAGAUGGGUUCUGGAUGAUUUCGAAUGGACAAAUCAUAGUGAUCGACAACAAAAGAUGGAUUUUUAUCUGUGGUUAAGAUGGAAUAUAAGUGAGUUUAGGAAAUGGUUCAAACCCCAAUUAAAUGGUGAGAAAGACAAACAUCAUCAUCAAUUAUUGUAUGCCAAGUCGGAUCGAGAUGAAAAGACAAAAAUUGAGGUUUAUGGAUGUUUAGAAUCCGACUUGAUGAAUGAGGGAUUUAGUAUGCUGUGUGAAGAAGGAUAUACAGAUUGGGAUAUCAGUUGGACGGAUGAGCAGAAGAUAAACCAUGUGUUGAGCUUCCUGGAGGUGGAAGUUGAGAUAGGGCCAAUACAGGUUAUGCAGGAUGAAGCGGGGUUGUGUCCGGCUUGUGGAGUGGAUUCGAAUAGGUGGACAUGCUUUUGA